AGAAGCAGGGAGGGACAGGCUACACACCAGGCAGUUAUAUGUUAUUUUCCCCCAAAAAGCUCAGACUGAGGACCUGGUGACAGGCUUGGACGUUGGAGAUAUCAGAGACAGACAGAUUGGCGACCAUGGCAAAGCUGGGUCCAUCUCCCAUGCUCCACUGCUGGCUGAUGGCGGUGCUGCUCUUCUCCGAUGGGCCAGUGCCAACAAUGUCAACAAAGGACCCAGCACAGAAUCCUCCAGGAAGUGCUUGUUCCGGAAUCUGGCAGAAUCCACGGUUUGUGGCCAGGAAACGGGGCUCCAAGGUGAACAUACACUGCUAUGCAGACAGCUCUGGCAUGGUGACGUGGUUCCGGAAGCCGGAGAUGAAUGCGGACCUCCAGAUGGUGCUCCCAGAUCAGAGCCGAAUCUUGCCAUCCCAGAACGGCUCCAUCUACACUCUCACCAUUAAAGAGGUCCAGUUUGAAGACAACGGCAUCUACUUCUGCCAGCUGGAGUGCACAGGGAGGAGCUCUCCAAAUGUCCAGAGCUGUGGCACAGAGCUGCGAGUCAUGGGGUUCAGCACCUUGGCACAGUUGAAGCGGCGCAACACACUGAAGGAUGGAAUCAUCAUGAUCCAGACUCUGCUCAUCAUCCUCUUCAUCAUUGUGCCCAUCUUCCUGUUGCUGGACAAGGAUGACAGCAAGUCUGGGAUGGAGGAAGAUCACACCUAUGAGGGCCUGAAUGUUGACCAAACCGCCACCUAUGAGGACAUAGUGACUCUGCGGACAGGGGAGGUGAAGUGGUCUGUUGGAGAGCAUCCAGGUCAGGAGUGAGGAAUCAGGCCCCACACCCCGCACAGCUCCCGGGCCUCACUGACUGCUUCAGAACUGCCCGGCUCAUGCCCAUCCCCUCCUAUGGAACCUCCAGUUGGCCUCUGAAGCUGACCUGCUGGAGCUGCCUCCCGGCUAAAUUCCUAGUUCCCAGCUCUUGCCAAAGGGCCUGGGGUAGCAGGACAACAGGGAAGUGACCUGGAACAAGAAAUUCUCUGGUGAUAGACUGGACCCAGCCUUCUGGGAGUACGGUGUGGGAUCUAUCCCCAUGUUUGGGACAGGAAAAGCAAGAGAGACUUGUCAGAACCUGCAGAUGAACUCAGAGCUGAUGGGCUACCUACAAUGCUGGGAAGGGCCACAAGCCAAGUGGUUAGUGAGACUUUGCUCCUCAUGUCCAUCCCCUCCCAUCACUGAGGGCACUUAGCCUGGAACCCAUUCUCCCAUGGAAUAAACAUGUCUGACAACUA